CUGCUAUUGGCGCCCGGCCAAUAAACGCAGGAACGAAGGGAGACGAAUAAUAAGAAGGAAGCCCAAACGUGGUUGCCAGAUUGGGUGGUUUUGCACCUAAAUAGUCGGUUUUGGCUGAGAUUAUGCACGUUUAAAUGGACUUGGACAGGUUGGCAUUAUUUUGGACAGGUUUAUCAUACAUUGGGCAGGUUUUGCCUUUAGCGAUAGUGACUAUAAUUCUAAAAAUUAAGAAAAAUGUAUGUAGCUAAAUAAUGUCACAUCUAGUUUUUAAGCUCCACACCGGUGAGAGUACACAUGAUUUAUCAUUAAAAGACACACCUUCUAGUUACAUGUGUAAGUGCUGUAUGUGUCGUCGCCCACCACAGCGGAUGUUCUACUUAAGGUAAGAUCAUUACCACAAGUCAGCUCAGAGUUACAUUUCAUAAUUAUACUAAUUAAUUACAGGGGUGUCUGUUAAUAAUCAUCACUAUACUCUAUAUUGCACUGCGUCUGUUUUUAGCGCACUGAUGUGUUUUGUGCUUGUACAAAGAGGGACACAGAUGAGUCCCCUGUAACAAAAACGAUAGCUGUCUGUUUUCAUGUAGUCUCCUGUGAUUUGCUGUGCUAAAACUUACUUUAUGUGCAUGCGCAUGAUGUUUUUUGUGUAAGUUUUGAACAUUACAGAGCUUAAAGAUGUGUUCACAUUAUUGGCGUUUUUUGCGCAUUCAUUCUGGGUUUUUGGACAGUUUAUGAGCAGGAAACAGCUGAUCUGGCAACACCGAGCAAAGACGUCCCUAAAUAACUUCAGAGACUAUCUCGAGAGGAGCUAGAACGUCGUGUUUUCCCAUCAACCCAAACUGCAACAUCAACCCAAAGCUGCAAGUCAGGUCAAGGUGUCAAGGUAAAAGCGUGUCUUAUCCAACUUUGAUACAUCAUCGACCGAAAGAGUACAAAAGGAUCCAGAAACUGCUGGUAACAUGAAAUUCCUUUAAAGUGGGCGGGGUACACUGACUGUACAUUCCAGCAGUAUAACUUAAGUCAGGACAAACCAUGUUAUGUACCCUGAUUAGAAACCAAGUUUCUGCAGCCUAUUUUACUUAAGCAACUCUUUAAAACGUGUCAGGAAACAUUUCCUUGAACAACUUGGUGCAAAAGUUACAGCAGAAGCAUGCUCCAAGAUAACUCCCCCCAAAACAGAGCCAGUGCAGGAAACUUUGUCACCCUAUGAUAUAUUGUAUUCAUUGGGAUGAAAAAGAUGAGCUUGUCUAAUUGGGUGGAUCUGUUUGAGUGUUUAAUGACUCAGGACAUUUUAGAUCUAAAUCUUUCAUUACAUAAAGAAAGGGUUUCCAUGACUGUCUUUUGGAAUUCCUAAAAGUGCAUUCAACGGUACAAUAACAUCAUGCGAUAUCCUUUGUGUUACAGCCAAGAUGAAUCUAGAGGAAUACUUCAGAAGAAUUGACUUCCAUGGCUUUUUCAGUAAACCUGAUCUUGAAACACUGAAGAUGGUUCACAAACAGCACGUCAUGACAGUCCCAUUUGAAAACCUCAGCAUGCACUGUGGAGAGAGGAUGGUUCUAGAUCUUGAGGUGACAUACAACAAGAUUGUGAGGAGCAACCGUGGGGGCUGGUGCCUUGAAAACAACCAACUCUUUGGCUGGGUGCUGAGAGAAAUGGGUUACGACUGCACAAGUCUCAUCUCCAGAGUUUUCAUGACUUCCCGGAAAGACUAUUCUCCAAUUGAGUCUCAUCUCAUCCAUAAGGUGGUCAUUGAUGGAAAAGCUUACAUAGCAGAUGUGAGUUAUGGGACGUCUUCUCAAUUGCGGGAGCCCCUGGAGCUCAUCUCCGGGAAGGACCAACCUCAGGCAUCUGGUGUCUUUCGGCUGAUAAACACAGACAGCACCUGGGUGCUGGAGAGGACAGGAAGAAAACCAAAGAUUCUUGAUCCAGACUUCGCCAAAUCAAGUCUGAUUAACAGAUCAGAAACCAACCCUGUCUACCGUUUCACCCUGGAACCUCGUGACCCGUCCACUUUACAGUACGCAAAUGACAAACUCCAAACGGACCCAAACACACUGUUCAGCAAUAAAUCCAUCUGCUGUUUGCAAACACCAACAGGAUUCAGAGGCCUGAUUGGUUUGACUUACAGUGAGAUCACCUUCAAACCUGAGGAAGGUGUUGAUUACUAUGAGAUGAGGGAUAUAAAGGAAGACGAAGUGGAUCAGAUCCUGCAGGAGAAGUUGACGAUAAAAUUACAGAAAAAAUUGAAGCCUGUUGCAAAUAAGUCAUGGUACACAUUAUAAGAUUGUUUUGCUGUUCAGAACAACAUUAUGACUUGUCCAUGUCCAUGUUUUUUACAUUUCCUAAAGGUAUUUGCGCAUUGUUUAACCAGGUUAGUCCCACUGAGUUUUAGACAGCAGCAAACCAGUAACCAGUUGAAUGUAUUGGAAAUAAAAACUCUGGACUGGAACGCCCCUCUAAUGUACUUAUUCGUCCUUACAGACUUUAACCAUCAUAACUCCUAAAAGUCAAAUAUUCUUCUCUGUGAUAACAUCUUUUGUAAAUGCUUACACAAAUGUACUCUUCCAAAGUUCAAGCAAUAUGUUAACAAGUAAUCAGAUAUACCUUAAGACUCAUCUGUGUUCUGCAUAAGCGUGCUCACUGAUGCAUUGUCUGAAGAAGUGAGUUUUUGAAACUGUUUUCUGCUCUUUUUCUGAAGCCUAUGAUUGUGGGAUGUUCAUUUUUAUAGUAGAAAUGUACAAACUGUGAUGUUCUGUGGUGAGUAUGGUUGAUCCGGUUGUCCUGAAUGAUGUUACCUUGUGAGGAUAAAUCAGGGCCUGACUGUGGAUUCAUUUUUAUAUUUUUAAGUCAGCCAUCGACCUCCAUUUUUAGAAGUUGAUAAUUAAGUUAGCUCUGUGAUAUUAGGAAAAACAGCAUAAUAAACAGUAAAAUAAAAAUAAACCAUUUCCUGCUACAGUCAAAUAUUAAAGCCAAUCAGCAUUUAAAUGAUGAUUAGAAUGUACACUGUGAUUUAACUGUGUGCUGUUUGUAACAUAAAAUCAAUAAAACAGGAGAAAACAGACA